AGUAGCUAGGAGAGAUGGAAAGGGAGAAGAUGGAGAGGGGCAAGUCUGAGCUGAGGAUGGCCAUCGAGGACCUCUCCUUGCCCAGCUCAGGAGAUGGUGAAUAUCAGGAGCAGCAGGGGAAAAUUAGGAGGUCAUCCACCAUGGAUCUCCUUUGUGUCUCCAACCAGCUUCUCCGUGUCCUUGGUUAGUUACUUGAACGAAACUGAAACUGAAAACUGUGAGGAUCGAACUUCGAUGUCUUUAGAGCUACUCUGUUUUAACCUUGGUUUACCAUCUCUUCUUCUUUCACUGUAUGCUUUGUUUUUCGCCGUCAAAGAUGCGAUUGGGCCAACGCUUCUAGUCCUCAGGCAAGACAUUCAGCAAAAUGUUCAGAGAUUACAGGAUCUCCAUGCAAGAGACUCUUCACAAUACGUGAGCUUGACGGCGAUCGUGAUGGAAGAAGUGGAGGAAGGGAACUCAAAGAAGACCAACAGUUGUAGCAGGGCAAUUAUCUGGCUGGCUAGGCCGCAACGCGUCCAGUCCAGAGAACCCGCAUUGGAAGAGAAGAUGAGCUGCGAUGCGAUUGGGCCGACGCUGCUAGUCCUCACGCAAGACAUUGAGCAAAAUGUUCAGAGAUUACAAGAUCUCCAUGCAAGAGACUCUUUGAAAUAUGCGAGCUUGACGGCGAUGGUAACAAAGGAAGUGGUGGAAGGGACCUCAAAGAAGACCAAUAGUUGCGCCAGGGCAAUUAUCUGGCUGGCCAGGUCGGUGAAUUUCUCGAUACAUUUGCUGGAGGGAUUAGUGAAGAACUCAGAGUCAAGCCUGCAAGAGAUGGUGGAAGAAGCAUACAAGAGCACCCUCAAGCCGUUCCAUGGAUGGAUCUCAUCAGCUGCUUACAAGGUAGCAUUGUGUCUUAUUCCGGAAAGAGACAUCUUCAUUCAGUUGCUGAUGGGGAGCUGCCAGGAUCCUGGGUAUUUUGGUGAAGAUGUCAUGGUCUUGGUCUCCAUUGCACAACCUCUGCUAGAGGAGAUAAAUGCCAUUUUGGUCGGUGUUCCCGAUUAUGCACAUGCACAUAUUCUUAAUGAAACAGUCACCGCAUUGCACUGAAGAUAUGUGUUUCCUGAUGCAGUUCAUGAUUGUUAAUAUAUAGGUAAAGCACCAGCUGGAAAGGCUAAAAUCCACCUGAAACACAAGGAUGAACAGUCACCUGAUGAAUCCGCGCAUCUACCACUGUAUUGCAUAACCUAACGGUUAACAUUUGACAAAGCAUAGGCUUUCAUACACCCCCUUAUCUAGCCAUUCAUUUCCGCAUCAAGAUUUGUGCGAGCACUUUUGUCUUUUUUGUUUCUUCCAAAUAAAACAAUAUAUGAACUAUAAACUUUGGAGGACAACAAAACAUUCUAACCAGAAUGUUAGAAAAAACUUUCAGAUUUUUUCGUGAAACAUAUAUACUAAAACUAAUAUUUUUUACCCCCCCCUCCCAAAAAAAAAAUCUCAUUUUGUAUAUUUAUGUCGUACCAAAAAAUCUGAAAGUUUUUUCCCACAUUGUAGUUAGAAUGUUUUGUUGUCCUGGAAAGUUUGAAGUUCAUAUAUUGUUUCAUUUUGAAGAAACAAAAAAGAGAAAUAUGCAUGUAACAAGUUAGUUGUGUAGCACGGAUCUCAAAGCAAGAUUGUAGGGUAUGGAUAGGAGGUGUCCAGUAGCCUGAGCUUUUAUAAAUCCACAUUCCUAAGCUAACUAACCUGCCUUGCCUUGUAAAAAUGAAAAAUAAGGACUUGAAAUGCAGGGCUUGUGCGCUUUUCUGCAGCGAUCUCCUGUUUUAGAGAAGUUGACAGAUCUUUAAGCACGGUAUUUACGUUU